AUCGCCAUCUGUUUCCUGAAUCCUGUAGCUCUGAACCUUUUCCUUUGUCUUUGUCUUCAUCCCACCCACAUGGCCCAAGCAGCAGUCACCGUAAGAACCUGCACAAGGAAGGUCAAGGUCACACGCUCCGGCUCGGCUCGAUUCGGCUCGGCUCGCAUCUCUUCACACUCCCAUCUCCGACAGACAGCAGGCAGACUUCCGACUCGUCUUCGAGAGCCACAAUGAAGCUUGACCUCAAGCUGCUGUGCAUGGCCUUGGGCCUCGUCCUCUGCGUUGAGCAAAGUCCGGCAGUGACGCCAUGCGACCACGGUGGAUCUACUGAUGACAAGGAGUGCCAAGGCAAGCCGGGAGGAGGGCUCGCCUUGAAAGCCAGUGGCGCUACGGGUGCAGCUAAUGUCACGUGGAAGAAGGAAGGAACCCCACCUACAGAGAUUAAGCCCACCGCUGGCCAGUACAAGAAAACUGGACCACAUGAGUCCACCCUGACGAUCCUAAACCUGAAGGCCACAUCCGAGGGAACGUACGAGGCCAGCAGCGGCGGCAUCUCAACAGCGCAAAAGUUCAUCGUCCAAGUGGCAGACUGCUUUGGCAGCACAACAGAAGUGCCGUGCGACGGCAAGGCGAAUAGUGAUCUCUGGCUGAAAGCCAUUGGCGCUAACACCCCCACUGUCACCUGGGAGAAGAACGGUCAACCUAUUGGCGACGAUCCCACCAAGUACGAGAAAACUGGACCAGAAGAUUCCACCCUGAAGAUCCUAAAACUGGGGGAGGAAUCCCAGGGAACCUACGUGGCCAAGAAUGGCGGCAUCGAUCCAGAACAAAAGUUCAUCGUCAAAGUGUCGGCCAGUGAAGACAGCAGCGACAAAGGCGACAAAGUCAACGUUGACGACAAAGUCAACGCUGCCGACAAAGUCAACGCUGCCGACAAAGUCAACGCUGCCGACAAAGUCAACGCUGCCGACAAAGUCAACGUUGCCGACAAAGUCAACGUUACCGUCGGCGGCAACGGCGGCAACGGCCUGUCCUACUCCCCUGCUCUGCUGGUGAUUGUCACUUUGGUCCAACUGCUGCUUCAGCUUUCCAACUAGAAGACAGCGAGUAGGCGCGGCGAGCGGAUGAGCCCACAAAAAGCAUCGCCGGCCUUGUGCCACAUGCAAGUACACAUGUACCACCACUAAGUUAAUAAGUUAAAGUGACGUUAAAGUCCGCAGUAAGCAUAUGAAUGACACUUGGAUUUUCUUUUGAUUGAAUUUGAUUGGCUGGCUGUCAUUGUGCUUCUUUUUGCUCUUAAGUAAUAAAAUAAUCAAACCUA